AUGACUUUCCAACUCGGCGAUAAAAUCGGGGAAUUUCUGGAUCAAAACAAACCAUGCGAUAUCCGGGGCGGCAAGACACCUUCUGCCUAUGAAUCUGCUUUUGGUGAGACCACAUGGGAGACAUUUACCAAGAACAGUGCAUGGAAGAAGGGGUUUGACGAUAGCAUGAGCAUCCGGAAUAAAACAAUCUCGAUUCCAUGGUAUAAGAAAUACCCUGUGAAACAGCAUCUUUCUUCAACAGAAAUCAAAAAGGUUAUUGUGGAUAUUGGUGGGAACCAGAAUAUUGAUCUACAGCGCUUUGCAGAUGAUUUCCCUGAUAUGGACUUUGAGUUGGUUCUACAGGAUUUACCAGAGACAAUCAAAAGAAUCCCUGCUAGUACAUUAGUAUAUGACUUCUUCACGGAGCAAAAUAUUAAGGGUAAGCUGCAUAUCAUACACUUUGAAUGUAUAAUGAUAAGCUUGGCUAACUUUGAAGAAGGUGCGGAUAUCUAUUACCUCAAAUCCGUUCUCCAUGACUGGGACGAUAUCUCGUCUGUGAAGAUUCUUUCAAACACUGCCAAAUCGAUGAGGCCCCAGUCUAGUCUUCUCAUAAACGAGAUAGUUCUACUAGACACCUAUGAGUCACUUCUGAAAUGUGAUAUGGACAUGCUGAUGCCUUAUCUCUGCAACGGAAUGGAGCGUACUAUAACGCAGUGGGAAGAGCUGCUGGCUAAGGUUGAGCCUGCCUUGAAACUUGUCAAUGUGUGGUCAGCGCCAGGAGAUCAACAGAGUGUAAUUGAGGCGCAACUAGCUUAG